CUAGUAGUUGUCACUAGAGGCAGUGAGAGCCUCUGUUGUGAUCUGUCAUGUGCGUCACACACAAACAUUGCUGCUGAUCAGGAAACUAAACGCUUUCAUUUUGCACCGUCUCACUUUUCUUUUGCUCUCACGGAAACAACUACUUAAAAAGACUUUUCAGUAUGGUUAAAGUAUCUUUUAACAAGGCUCUCGCCCUAAAGGAUCCAAAGAAGGAAACUCUCAUUCCGGAUGUACAGGAUCCUGAGGCAGCGGUGUCGGUGCGUCAGCGCUCUAAGGUGUGGUGCUGGUGCUUCUGUCUGGGAUUGGCUCUCGUGCUCUCUGGCGUAGUGGUGGCAGGAGCCUACCUGUAUAGGUACUAUAUGUUACAGAAACCUGAUAAUGUGAGCUUUUUCGAAGACGAUGAGGUGGAGCUCAUCAGACUACCGGUGCCUGAGUUCAGAGACAGUGAUCCAGCUGGCAUCCUGCAUGACUACAACAUGGAUGACGAGGUGUUUGUCUGUGGGAUGAAGUACUUUGAGGAAGACUAUGAGUUCAAUGAGGAGGUGGAGGUGGAGGUGGGAACACCGCUGAGGCUGAUUGAAGAGAAUGUGAUCUUUUAUGAAGACGAUGAGGUGGAGCUCAUCAAAGUACCAGUGCCUGAGUUCAAGGACAGUGAUCCAGCUGGCAUCCUGCAUGACUUCAACAUGAGGCUGACUGCUUAUCUCGACCUGACUCUGAACAAAUGCUACAUCAUCGCCCUGAACACCUCUGUCGUCAUGCCACCCCGAGAUUUCCAUGAGUUCCUGGUCAACAUCAAGGCAGGAAUGUAUCUUCCUCAGUCGUAUCUGGUGCAUGAAGAGAUGAUGGUGACAGAGAAGCUGGACAGCACCAGUGACCUGGGCUAUUACAUCAAUAACCUGUGCAAUGACAAAGACACGUACAGACUGCAGCGCAGAGAAACCAUACUGGGUAUGCAGAAGCGUGAGGCCCUGAACUGCCACAAGAUCCGCCAUUUUGAAAACAAGUUUGUGGUGGAGACUUUGAUCUGCGAGCCAUGAAGAACAAGCAUUACACAUGGGUGUCUCUGACACAGCAGCAGAUCUUUUGCUUUUCUUUUGUUUUUCAGCUUUUCAGAGGCCUUCUUAUCUAAAAUGUGAAAUUGUCUUUUCUGCACAGUUUUUUUUUUAUUAUUUUUGUGUCUUUGCUACUUUUUAUUAAGUCUAUUAAUCAGAAAAUAGCAUAUGUGCACAAGAACAAAAAGGGAUUAACAAUAUCGAAUUUAAGCUUAUAUAGAAAUCUGAUCAGCAUUUAGAAAGUAAUUUAAUAAUUAAUCAUUUUUUUCUUUCGAGUUUGUUGAAAAAGUUUGAGGAUUUGUUUUUUUGUAUCUUUAAAUACAAAAGUGUUUCUGUUGUUUUUUACAUUUGCAACAUCUACUGUAUUUAACCUUGAUGCUGUUCAAAGGCUUCAGUAAAUUAGUGCAUAAUCAGAAUCACUAUGUUGCAGUGCUAAAUGCAUACCACUGGAUUUACAGACCAGGCUUAAUCCUAGUCCCAGACCAAAAUGCAUGUUUGAGCUGUUUUAACUGAAUGCAACUUGCACUGACAUAUCUUAAAAUGCCAAGAUGCACAGCAGUAAUUUUUCUUUCUUUUCUAAGGCAUGUUUAUAAAAGCUACUUAAAUCUUCUAAUUGAACUAAGGCCUAAUCCUGGCUUAAUCUAAGCCCGGUUUAUGAAACCAGGCCAUAACAUCACAAUUUGAGGUAUUCUUAAAGUUGCACUUUAUUUGAACUAUAAAUGCUUUUUUUUUUAAAUGGGAUCAAUAACAAUACAUACAGAACACUUUCAGUCAAAUAUGUGAAUAUAGAACUUAUAAAUGUCUAAAUUUAAUUACCACAAAUGUUCCAAUUUGAAAUUAUUUUUUGUUCUUUACUAAUUUGUAUAUAAGCUAUCAUUUAAUAAGAUCAUAAACUUUACACUUUUCUGUCUUCAGUUAUAAGCUUAUGAACUCUAUCUAAGAAACAAUAAAUAAACAAAAAUCUUACAAAA